AUGGAGCUCACGACGCCGAGUACCGAUGCCACCUCCACUGUGGAGCCAUCUGACGAAGUGCCAUCCUCGGUCGAAGCUCGCGCCACUCCAGUGCCAGCAUCGACUCGGGUGUUUGCUCUCCCUGAGCUUGUUGAGAACAUUCUCCUUCAUGUGACGCCUGCUGAUGGGCUCACGGCCGGCAAACUGGAUCCAACACCCAUUCUCUUCGUCCUCCAGAGAGUGAACACCACCUUCAAGAACACAAUCUCCGGCAGCAAGUCGCUACAAGAGCGCAUGUGUCUUAGACUUCACACGGAUAUGAAGCAGCGUCGAAGUCCGAAGGAUUUGUUCGAAUGGCUCUUGGAAAGCAUUGUUGUAGUCAACGGACGGGUGGUGUUGGUCGGACCUGCAGACUCGUUGGGCAUUGCCCGAGCCCUUCUUGGAGUCUCCAGAUUGUUCUCCAGAGGCAGUCAUGCCACAGGUUCACGGCACUACGAUGCUGUACACGGCUCGGAAGCAUCAUGGAGACGGAUGAAGGCCCACUGCGAGGAGAGUGACUUGAAGUUUGACAUGGCGACUGAGAGCGAUCAAAUCAUGCUGCCGAGCUUUACGCGAGAUAUGACGCUGGGGGAGGUCCAUGAUGGAUUGCAGAGGCUUAUCGCAGCUCUGAACCGGUACUUUGAAUCUCAUCCGUUGCGAAGACUACGGAUUGACGAGGGGUGA